CUCAAUAAGCUUGCUUCAAUUGCAUUAUCACUUCACCCAUAAUUGUUAACUUAAUUAAAAAAGUGUCAAUUUUUCUUCAUUGUAAUCAUAUAAGAAUAUGUCUUCUUCAAUUCAAGAGAAUGUAUUUGAAUUAGAAAAUAUUGAUCAAUUUUGGGAGGCCAAUAAUGUGAUUCUCACGUCCUUGAUGGAAGAAACACAAGAUGAAUUUGAAGAUGAAUAUUAUGGUGAUGAUAAACUUGUAAGUAUGAUUCAAUCACUUGAAGCAGAGAUAAGUUCUCCUGAAAUUUAUGGUAUGGGACAAAUGGAUGGUCAAGAUUGUUCCACGUCAUUCAUUGGCCUUGAUCAUUGGAUUGAUGAAAAUAUGGAAUUGAUCUCUUCCUCACCGUUUGAUGAGGUGAAUGCAUCGAUCCCUUGUGAAGAUGAGAUGACAGAAUAUUUUGAAUUAAUGGAAUAUGAAGCUGAAAAUUUCAUUGAUGGUUUUGAGAUGUGUUAUGGAGUUUUCUUGGAGCAACAACAUACAGACACUUGUAAUUAAUUUGUCUCAAAUCAAAUGAUGCAUUAUUCUGAAUUUACUUAUUUAUAUAAGGAUUAAAACUCGUAUCAAUCUUAA